GCGCAUCAGUUCAAUGUAUGUAUUUUGUUUGUUUGUUUAAUUGCUACCACCCAAGCUUUGUUGGGCUUCGGAAUCAGUGUGCAUUGCUUUUUUGUUGUUUAUAUUGAAUGAAUCAAUCUUCGUUGUAAACCAUUAACCCGUUUUACGUGUACAUCUUCCAUGGCCAAACGUUGCACGUGAACAAACUUUAGUGAAAUUAGUGAAUCAAAAGCGCAUCCACUAGGAUUCAUCAAACAGACACACCCACGCUUAGAAUUUCGGCUUAAAGCAUGGCUACGUUAGACGAUAAGCUGUUGGGGGAAAAAUUAGAAAACUAUUGUAGCAGCAGCGAAGAUGAAGGUGCAGAAGAUGAAGGCGAUUCGAGUGAGGCAUCUGGUACGGGAAAGUCUGCUGGUAAGCAGGGCUCAUCAUCGAAAUCUGGGUUUCGCCGUGUGACCGAUACUGAGCCAGCUACACUGACGCAUAACAAAACCCACUGGACAGGAACGACGGGUAAUACGGGUCCGAAAGGAGUUAUACAGGAUUGGCAAAGAUUCAAACAGCUGGAAGCCGAGCGACGCGAACAAGACGAAGCGGAAAAGUUGCGCUUGCUUAAGAAGCUUAGCAUUACCGCACGCACCAAGGAAGAAGACAAUGCGGCGGCAGCAAUGAGCGAGCUGGAUGCAGAGUUUCAGGAGCUAAUGGAUGAGGACUUUUUGCUCGAAUAUCAGCGGAAACGCAUGUCCGAGAUGCUUGCCUUAAUGGAUAAAAAGGGUUGCUAUGGUAAACUUAUCCAUCUGAAGGAUGGCGGUGAAUUUCUGCAAGCCGUCGAUAAGGAAGAUAAAAACACGACCGUUGUCAUACAUAUCUACCGUGAAAAGUAUGGCCCCUGUGUUAAGAUGAAUGAAGCACUCACUACACUAGCGAAGGAUUACACGAACGUUAAGUUUUGCAAAUUUGUUAGCAGCGAUGCAGGGCUUAGCAAUAUGUUUAAAACAUCCGGUGUACCAGCUCUGCUUAUCUACAAGGGUGGCCAAAUGAUAGGGAACUUCGUGAAGCUGGUCGAUGAUCUGAGCGAUGAGUUUGAUUUCAGCGAUGUUGAGAGCUUUCUGGUAGAGAAUGGUAUCAUCAACGAUAAGUCCUGCAAACCGACCAUCGUUGAGCAGAAGUAGAGCCGCGAAAAGGAUCUCAUUUUACUUAUUUGCAAUGAC